UUUAUUUUUCAUGGCGCAUCAUAGUCAAGCGGAACAGCUUAUAAACAUAAUGAUAAAUAAUAAUAUUUAAAAUAAAUAUAAUAUAUAAUUUUGUAUUUGUUUUAUUCUUGUGAGUUUUGUAUAUAUUUAUUUUUUAUUUAAUUUAUUUUGGCUGGAAGCUCGCGCGUGUGUUUGAGCGGAUUAGCCGGUUAGCACACAGCAGCAGGCCGCAGAGCUCCAUGGUGUGUUCGGGUUGGAGUAAAGAUCUCGAGUGUCCUGCACAGAGUCCUGACUGACCUCAACCCCACUGAACACCUUUGGGAUGACCUGGAGCCUCAACAUCUCAAUAUCAGGAAUAUGUAACGCGCGUCACCAUGACAACCAAGUUCAGCAAGACGUACACGCGGAAGGGCGGCGAGGCGAACUCGAAGUUCGAGGAGGUGUUCGGGAACAGGAAAGCGACGCUUAGCACCAAAUGGGGAGAGACGACGUAUAAAGCCCAGCUCGGAACCAGACGCCCCGCCCACACCCCUGCCACGCCCGAUGCGUCCACGCUGCACAAAAAGCCCCGCCUCGAGCACGACGAUGAAGCAGACGACCCGUUCGGCUUCGACAGCGAUGAUGAGGAGCAGAGCGAGACGUCCCAUGGGUCAGAGGCAGAACACAGUAGACAGAACGCAAAGGGCGGAGCUAAUGCAGAAACACCACUUCAGAGCCCCUCCCCCGACGUCGCCGGCUCUAAACCCACAUCACUCACGACUAAUUUAAAACUCACCCAUAAAGACUCGAGAGAAUCUGCCGAUCAUUUAAGCGAAAAUUCCCCGUCUGAGCACACAGAGGGCGCGUCGGAACAAACCGGCACCGUGUCGGACAGUUCCAAACCUGCUGAACAGGAAGUGCGAGGGUCUGAGACGGUGGAGGAAACUAUCGAUUUUGAGCAGCUUCCUCUGAUUAAACCGGCGAGAGACCGCGUUUAUCGAAGAGCCAGUAAGAAAGGAGAACAGGAGAACUCCCAGAAUUCCCAACCGUCAGGAGAAAACAGCAGCAAUAAACCCGUCGUCUGCCCCGUCUCCACGAGUAUGUCUACAGCUGGGGGGUCGGAGGUGAAAGGUCGCGGGCGUGUGAGAGAUUACACACUGCUGCACCCGUCGUGUGUGUCGGUGUGUAACGUCACCAUCCAGGACUCCAUGGAGCGCAGUGUGGAGGAGUGUGUGAGCACCGCCCCAUCCGAUCUGGGGGACACCGGAACGUUCCGGAGAAGGACUGACACGCAACCUCCCAAGUACAGCAGGCAUCGUCCCACUAAGUCGAAGCUGGAGUGCAAGCUGGAGUUUUUCGGCUUCGAGGACGGGGUGUGUGAGGACGGAGACACUGAACCUGGCACCAGCUACAAGAUUAAAUACUUCGGCUUUGAUGAGCUGAGUGAAAGCGACAGUGAGGACGAUGACGACGACGACGAACCCGGGAAGAAGAAGAAGGAGAAAGAUACGGCGGAGAUGAUGAUGGCAGCGUCAGACUGUCCUCAGAUCAGUGAUGCACCGAGUCUUACACACACUCUCACAGAUCCUCAGGAGUGGCAGGAUGAGUCGAGCUCAGUCGGCUCAGACACACAGAGAGAGCGAGCAGGAAAACACCCCGACAAAAUGAUCAGCCGCAAGAUCUUCAAAAAGACUCCUACUAAAGCGGUGUAUAACGCUCGUCACUGGAAUCAGCCUGAACCUGAGGAAACUCCUCCCACCUCACACAGUGACAGCGCACCUAAGCCGAGUCCGUCAAGCGUAAACAAAGACGUGGACGCUCUCAAAGACGACAACGUGUUUAAAGCCCCCCCACCUCCCCCUAAAGUCACAAAAUCAGUAACCCCGCCUACUGAGCCCCACCCACACACUACCACUACAGAACAAAAGGAGCUGUACACAGUUGUCCAGCAUGUGAAGCACUUUAACGACGUGGUGGAAUUCGGAGAGAAUCAAGAAUUUACUGAUGACUUUGAGUACCUGGAGACAGGACUCAAGAGCACACAGCCUCUACACACACGCUGCCUUAGUAUAAUCAGUUUAGCCACACGCUGUGCCAUGCCGAGUUUCCGAAUGCACUUGAGAGCACGAGGGAAAGUGGCUCAGGUGUUUAACAUGCUGAGCGACGCACCACAACAUCCGAACCUGGCAUUGUGUACGGCAGCUCUGCUCUACAUUCUCAGUCGGGACCGGCUCAACAUGGACCUGGACCGUGCCUGUCUGGAGCUGAUGAUCCGUCUGCUGGAGCUGGAACAGGACGAGUCUGAGGAUCAUCAAAGCAAAGUGAAGGAGAAAAUACAGAAACUGUGUGAAACUGUACACAAUAAACACCUGGACCUCGACAACAUCACUACGGGUCAUCUGGCGAUGGAGACUCUUCUCUCACUGACGUCGAAGAGAGCAGGAGACUGGUUUAAAGAAGAGCUCCGGUUACUGGGAGGACUGGACCACAUCAUAGAUAAAGUCAAAGAGUGUGUGGAAAACCUAGAUACAGAUGAUGAUGAUGAGAACCUGGUGGCUUCGUUAUGGGGGGCAGAGCGCUGUUUACGAGUUCUCGAGAGUGUAACGGUUCAUAAUCCAGAGAAUCAGUCCUACCUGAUCGCCUACAAAGACUCUCAACUUAUCAUCUCUUCAGCCAGGGCCCUGAGGCAUUGCGAGUCCAUGAUUCAGCUCUACUGCCGUAAUGUCAUCAACUCCGGUGCUGACUCCACUCAGAGUAACCAUAGCAAUGUGGGAAAAGCAGUCGAGGACUGUAUGAGGGCAGUGCUGGGCGUGAUGCUGAACCUCACACAUGAUAAUGAAUGGGGCAGCACUAAGACGGGUGAGCAGGAUGAGCUGAUCGUGACUGUGUUGAACUGUGUGCUUAAAGUGCCUCAGUUCCUCCCGCAGGAGCAGAGAUUUGACAUCCGUGUGCUCGGUCUGGGUCUGCUGAUAAACCUGGUAGAAUACAGCUCCAGAAACCGACACUGUCUCAUGGAACUGGAAGUGGAUUCGAGCUGUCUGCCAGAGACAGAGAAAGACAGGAGGAUGGAGGGAGAGAACGAAGAGCAGAAGGUGGACAAAGGGGUGGAGGAUGAGAACGAGAAGAGACUGGACACUAAAGAAACCUCAAGUGCUCUCAGUGCACUGGUGCAGCUCUUCCUGGAACGUGAGAGAGCGGCUGUGCUUGCGGAGGCGCAGGCUGAUGACAUCAUCAGUGAGGCACCGAAGUCUCAGGCAGAUGAGAGCGGGCAGUGGCAGGUGACGAGCGGAGAGAUGCAGUGGGUCGCCUCGGAAAAUAACACCGAUGACAAGAAGGAGGAAGAGGAGGAGGAGCUCGAUUUUAAUAAAGUCUUACAGCAUGCUGGGAAACACAUGGAGGACAGUAUAGUGGCAUCAUACACUGCUCUGCUGCUGGGGUGUGUGUGUCAGGACAGUCCGGUGAAUGUGAAGGCCGUGAGAGAGAGCCUGCCUAAAGGAGAUUUCUCCAUCAUGACUGAGAUGCUGAAGAAGUUCCUCAACUUCAUGAACCUGACGUGCGCAGUGGGGACCACGGGACAGAAAUCCAUCUCCCGAGUCAUUGACUAUCUGGAGCACUGUUAGCAGGAUUUCUGGGGAGCUGGCAACCCAAGAGUCUCUAAACAUCAGUAUGGAAGACACUCUUUCUCACACACACACACACACUGUUUUUUUUUCUUCUUCUUUCUCUAGACUGUGCACACGCAUGCGCGCACACACACAGUGCAAUUACAAACUGUUGCUUUUGAUUUAAAUUGCUCAAUUAUUUUUUUUUUUAAAUUCUCCCAAUUAUGAAUUAACGGCAUCUAAAUAAUUGUUUGGGAAAUUUUAAAUUAAUGAACUAUCUCGAGCGAGCAUUUCAAGAAAGAAAAACCUGUAUUAUUUUUCUAAAUCAUUUUUUAAAAAUAGAAUAAAAAUUAUAAUUUUAACGGAGCUUAUUAAGUGUUGGAGUUAAACAGGAUGAUUGGGCAGCGAGAAUAGCGUAUAAAUUUAAAUUUUAAGUCAUUUUAUGUGUUCUGCUCAGGCCAGGCUGUUAAAAGAAGUAAAAACGCACAAAAUUAAUACAAUUAUCGUUUAAAAAAACUGAUAAAUAGUAAUUCAGGGUUCAGGAAACACCUGCAAUUCAUGUGGUGUUGAGUUUGGUAUCAUAAUGGCACCCUGAAAUUAAUUUUAAUGAAUUUAUUUCACAUGUCUGAAUAUCAGAACACUAAAAUGAACAUGUUUUUCUCUCUGGAAUUUUUUUUAAAAAUAGAAAAUUUAAGGUAUUAAAGUUAUGUAAAUUUUUGGUAUCAUUAUAAUUCCAUCUGCAGCUCAUUAUUAUAAUUAUUCAGAGUUUUUAAUUAGUAAUGAAUAUUUUGUUUCAUAAUCACAGUUUAAUACAUGGAUGCACAGUUCCAGUUUUAAGGUGGAGUUGUUGAUUUAAAGGUCCCAUGGCAUGGUGGUUUGUUGAUGCUUUAAACGGGCUCGUGGAGGUUUCCGGAUGUUAUAUCCGCAGCCUUUCUCGAAAUGAACCCUCGGCACGUAGAUAUAGCCUCCUGGGAGAAAGCCCCAUUUCAGCGCUUUUCCCAGUGCGUCGUUUUGCUAAUGAGAAGCAGGAGGCGGGGAAGGGUAGAGGGUGGGGGCGGGCCAUGGGGGGAGGGGCUUGACCAAGCUGCACGCACACAUACUCGCUGCUAUCAGCACCUGUAGCCACGCUGCUAAGACAAAACCCCGUUCUCCCUCGGACUCCUUUCAUAAACUCGACGUGACACAGAGAACAGAGGGUGAGAGUGUUCGGAGUGGUAGUUUACGAACGUAUAAUACCCUAGGCUUGAACACGCACUCCAUAACCAAAGAGGAUAGAAGCAGCAACUACAGCAACAUAGCGCUUAUCCAACAGAAGACAUGCAUUGCGGAGCAAUAGUCAAACAUAAGCUCAUAAGUUACAGCCAAUUUCCAGACUAAACUCAGUUUAACAGAGCAUGCUGCAUGCUCUUUAGUUUUGUAGCGCAGAUUACCUGGCUAACUGCAGGAAGCGGUUAGCUGCACAGCUAAUGUAGCCAUUGCAAGGCUAACGUGGCACCGAUUUUAAAACACGGCAAAACGACCAGUUAUACACUUACUUGUUCGGUGUUUGUUGCUGAUGCGGCAGGGAUGCUUGGUACGGACCCAGGCUUCAGUGACAGUUGAUGUGCAAAACCUGCCCUGUACUGUCCCAAGUUGUGGAAACAUUCAUCAGUAAAAUGCUUCCGACAAACAUACACCGUCUUAGGUAGACUCGACGGCGUAUUAUUGGAGUAAAUAAAAUUAAGCCACUGCGUCUUCAGGGGCUCUCCCGUCGGCAGUAAAAACAGACUCUUUUCUGUGUUGUCACAUCCAUGUACAGCGCAAUUUCCAUGUUUCGCUCGCUUAGGUGGUGCCAUGUUGUUGUGUCCUCUAUGGUCUCCUCACUACAACUGGGCGGGGCAAUCCAUACAGUGGGUGGGAAUCCAGAGGGGGGGCGUGGGGAUCAUCUCCCUUGCUGACGUAGUAAAGGGAAGAGCUUAUCAAUGCGCCGUUUUGACGCGCCAUUCUCAAAUGUUGGGCAUAGUUUGGUUUACACAUUAUGAAAUUUCUAGCCACUGGGGUGACUUAAGAAGGUCAGAGGAACUCAUUUUAACGUUAAAAAACCUCAGAAAGUGAAAAUUUCAUGCCAUGGGACCUUUAAUACAUCGUCAUUCAGUGAGGCCCUGAUGUGAAACCGCUCCACCUAUAAAAAAAAUAAAAUAAUUACCGGUUCAUGGUUGGUUUUGCUUUUUGCUUUUUUUCUGUCUGGAACUAAACAAUUCCAUCUUAAAUAUUCCAUUAUUUUUAACAAAAAGGAAAACAAAAUCAUGUGGUUUUGGUAUAAAUCAGGGAAUUCAGUUUAAAGCAGCAGUAUGUAAUAUUUUGAGCCUUCUGACAAACCACACCCCCUUCCAAUACAACACCUCACUCAUGGGGUCUGGGUGUUUGUUUGUUUGUUUGUUUGUUUUUAUUUUAUGUGUGUGGUUUGUUUGUUUUUGUUUUACCGAGGGCGGGGCUUAGCAGUGAAGUGGCACUAAAUUCCAACUAAGAAAAAUGUCAAAGGAAGCCUGAAAUAAAGAAAAUAAUCGGAUCCAAAAAUAUCAAUACUACAUCCUGCACCUUUAAAAAAAAUUCCAAUUUUAUUUCAGACCUGCAAUAGAUUUUUUUUUAAUUAAGUAAUUAAAAGUAAUUUAAUAUUUUGUUGUUUAUCCAUAGAUAGAUUUUAGAUUGUUUGUUUUUAGUUUGCUGUAUUUUGGAUUUUGUUGGAAAUUUAGAAAAUAAAAAAGGCAUAAAAUUGCAAACCUUUUUGGAUUUAAGAUCUUUUUUUUUUUUUUUUUUGAAUGAUUUUUAAAAUAAAUUGAUUGGUGUAAGAUUAAGCAAAAUAAAAGCCCAAAAAUUCCAAAAAAAAAGGAUGAAUUUAGGUUCAUGUUUUUAUUAAACAAGUUUAGGCCUUUUUUUUUUCCCUCACCUGUUCUUUUGGUUUUAUUUAACCUGUGAUGAACUCAAAUAAGUGUCCUGUUUCUCUUGGAGCCAUACUGAGUAAAAAAAACAAAAAAAAACCAAACAAACCUAUUUUCUCAGAUUUUUCUUAAAGCCACAGCAAUCCUGAGUUUUCUGUUUGAUUAAAUCGAGUGAAUUGUGAGUGAAAGUGUGUGUAAGUGUAAAUAUUUUGUGUAAAUAUCGCCUCCUGAAUGUUUGACCGAAUGCAAUGAAAAAAAUUUUUCCUGGAGUUUUGUUUUAUACUUUUUUUUUUCUUGGUAAUUCCAGGAUAUAAAUAAAAAUUCUAUAUAUAUAUAUAUAAUGUAUAAACACUUUGUACCCAGUUUUGCGCAGAAUCUUGUCUUUGGUUACCUGUAAAUAAUGUCACCUUUAAUAAAAGCGUUGAUACUUUA